GGUAGUCACGAGUAGGCAGCUUGGCGCACAAGUCGCAUAACUGUAAUUCACACCUGGACAUCGACAGUUAUUGACCAAGAGGAUAGAGAUAUAUAGAACAGUGCUUCAAGUGGUUACUACGGCUGCGUGCGCCACUCAAGGUCACGUUCGCUUAGAAACAAAUUAAAUUAAUUUAAAUUCAAAAGUCGAGACAAAAAAAGAAAAAGAGAACAUACAUUUAAACGGUGGUGCAUAUACAUAAAGAAUCAUAUAUGUAUAUAUGAAAUCGGGAUAUAUGUUGUGAAAAUGCUGGCGGCGCAAGAGAAUCGUUUUCAAUAUGUUUACUUUACGCUCUCGGGUCUCGUGGCAUGCACCAUGCUAAUACUAUUCUAUAUCUCCAUGCGCACAACAAUUAACGAACGCCUGCGCGAUGAUCUCAAGCUGCUGCAGCGACAACUCAUCUAUGAGAAACCGAAUCCACAUUGGAACUACAACAACAGCUGGCGACGCAUUGGAAACACAACUUUGAGGCACGAAAUAUUCUCAGCCUACUUCGAUGUGCGCACUGAUAUCAUACGCAAUGUGCAGCUGGAUGAGCAACUGUUGACUGUGGGAUCCCUGCGCAUCUUUGCCAUCCUGCCAGAGCGAUUGCGCGACUCGAGGGUGAGUUGCAUAGUUCGCUAUGCGGACUUUUCGAGCCACGAGAUUGUGGCUGAGGAGGCGGGCGCGAUGCACGAUGUGCACAACAAUAGCUUUGCAGCCUGGAGUAUCAUGUGUCCGCUGCACGUGAAGAAAGAUUCGCUGGUGCGGCUGCCACAAGUUGUGGCACUCAGCUAUGCCUCCAAUCGACUGAGUCAUCUAAGUCCAAGUUUUAUACAGAUUAGUUAUCCACGCAACAUGACGGAGAUGUUUGGCAAAUCUCGUGCCACGAUUUCCGUGUGUGUCGGUCCGCUGCAGGAGAACUACUCGAAUGUGCUGCGACUCGUGGAGUUUGUGGAAAUGUAUCGCCUGCAAGGCGCCACACACUUUUACUUCUACUACGUGGAGGCCAGCGACGAAGUGCGUCGCGUGCUCGAUCACUAUCAACGUUUAGGCUUGGCGGAUGUCUUCGAAUGGAAUGUCCAAGCGCAUCUGCACGAUGUGCACUACGCUGGGAUUGUGGCACAGUUCAACGAUUGCGUCUAUCGCGCCAACGUCGUAGACAAUCAUCGCUAUGCGGCUGUCGUCGAUUUGGAUGAGGUGCUCAUGCCGCUGAAGCACAACUCACUAGCUGACUAUCUGAGGCAAUGCGACGAGGGACGCACCUCGGGAUUUGUGUUUCGCAAUGUGUUCUUCUAUCGUCGCGAUAGCAACGAUACUUUCAAUGCUCCCGGACACACGCUGAAUCGUUUGCUCUACACGCAGUCGAAAGUACGAAGGACACUCGAAGUGAUGCCCGCUUACAUGCGCAGCAAGGUGGUGGUCAAUGCUCGAGCGAUUGUGGAGAUGGGCAAUCAUCAGGUGUAUCGCUCGGCGCCGGGAUUCGUGGAUCACAUUGUCCAUCAGACGGUGGGACUGUUGUUUCACUAUCGCGACAAGUGCAUCAAUUGCAAAAUGGUGCUGAUUGUGGACUAUACGGCGCGACGCUUUGGUUCGCUGCUGUUCGAUCGUGUGGAUGCCACAUGUCUGGAGGUCUUCAUGGAGCGGCGUGGCAUCUGCGCGCUGGCGUAGUUGCCGCUCAUCUGGCGAUGAUUGGCUUUGUCGCUCUUAUCGCCGCGC